AUGGCAAUAGUUGAUCCAGAUUACAAAUUUAUUUGUAUCGAUGUUGGUGGUUACGGCCGAAAUUCAGAUGGUGGGAUUUUAGAAGAAUCUGUAAUGGGUAAGCGUCUGGAAGCUGGGACAUUAAAUGUUCCAAAACCUGUACCAUUACCUGGACAAAUAGAAGACACACCGAUGGUUCUAAUUGGUGAUGAAGCAUUUGCAUUAAAAACAUAUUUAAUGAAACCAUUUCCACGUCGGCAAUCCAGAAGUAAUACGAGAUUGGAUACUUAUAAUUAUAGAUUAUGUAGAGCGAGACGAGUAGUUGAAAACGCAUUUGGCAUAUUAUCGAAAAAAUGGCGAGUUUACAAAGGAUCUAUAGAACUUAAAGAACAAACGACUAUUAAAGUUAUACUAUUAACCUGUAUUUUGCACAAUUAUUUACGUGUAAAGAAUUGUGACAUUAAAAAUAUAGAGCUAGAUGAGGAUCAAUCGGUAAUUGGAGCCUUAGAGGAAGUUGAUGUUAACAAUAGGAGAGGAACAAAUGAAGCAUUGCAAGUACGUGAACAGUUUGUUAAUUUUUUUAACUAA